AUGGCGGCUGCAGCGACGGAGGAGGACACUGAGCUGCGGGACUUGCUGGUGCAGACACUGGAGAGCAGCGGGGUGCUCAAUAAGAUUAAGGCAGAGUUGCGAGCAGCUGUUUUUUUGGCACUGGAAGAACAAGAGAAAGUAGAGAACAAAACACCUCUGGUAAAUGAAAGCUUGAGAAGUUUUUUAGGUACAAAAGACGGUCGCUUAGUUGCAGGUCUUGUUGCGGAAUUUCUGCGGUUUUUCAAUCUUGAUUUUACAUUGGCUGUUUUUCAGCCUGAAUCAAGCACACUAAAUGGCCUUGAUGGUCGAGAGAACUUAGCUCGAGAUUUGGGUAUUAUAGAAGCUGAAGGUACUGUGGGUGGUCCCUUGUUGUUGGAGGUUGUUAGAAAGUGUCAACAGAAAAAGAUUUCAGGCAGUGGAGAAGUGGCUCCAGUGCUAAGUGAUGGCCUGUGCCCUACAUCAAAAUCAUCUGAUGGAAAAUCAAGUACACAUCCUAUACCAAAUAAGGCUGCUGGAACGACGCAAAGUGAUACAAGUGUCUCUUCAGGGGAAGCAAGCAAAAGCAGCGUUCAUUUUAUGCCUAAUGAAACAAAGCUAGAUCCUCAACUAGAAAACAGAGAUUUAAAUACCAAAGAUACAGGGGGGGAGGAAGAUGAUGCAGAGGGAGAUUCUUUUUUUGAUGAUCCUAUACCUAAACCAGAAAGAACUUAUGGCUGGCCCCAUGAUAAAAACAGUGAUGCUGAUGAAGGUGCAGAAGCUUUGUCUGUGAAAGAAGGCAGGCAGAAGUCUUUGCAUAGGAAAACUGAAGCUAACAAAGCAGGAAGUCUAGCAUCCCUUUCUGAUGCACCACCUCUAAAAAGUGGGUUAAGCUCUCUGACUGGUGCACCUUCACUAAAGGAGUCUGAUAAUUUGAAUAGAAACUUUGUUUUGAAAGACCUGCGGUUGGUGAAUGCAAAACUAGGAUCACUAGAACUAGGAAACGGAGAUGACGAUGAGUAUGCUGAUGACUUCAACAGUACUAGUCAUCGCUCAGAAAAAAGUGAUAUCAGCAUUGGUGAAGAAAUAGAUGACAUAUCUGUGGGAACAGAAGAAUCAAAUGCCAGUGAUAAACUUGAAGUCAUCACGCAAGACCUUACCAUUUCUCAGUUAAGUGAUAUUGCAGAUUAUCUAGAAGAUGUGGCAUAGAAUUGGACAGUAAAAAUGUUUCAUUGUGCUGGA